AUGGCGGCGGAUUCCGUUCGAGAAGAAACAGAUAGAAGCAGGGGUCGCGUGAGUGCAAUUUCUGAACUUGAAACAGAAUGCUGCAGAGAUAAGGAGAAGGACGAGGAUUGCCAUCUCUUUCCAUACAUGGAUUGUGUCAGUAAUGUGGGUGAGUGUACCGCGGCCACGGCGCCCAUUUUGGGUUGUGAUGAUUUAAGGGAUGGAACCCGAAGGAAUGGAAGAUCGGCAGAAUCGGGCCGAGAGAUCAGUAUAGCGGAUCUCGUCUGGUGCAAAGUAAGGGGCCCUUAUUGGUGGCCAGGGAAGCUAACUGGUUGCUCUGCCGGAGUGACGAAGGAUUAUUUUGUGGUAGCAUGUUUUGGGGAAUGGGCACGUAGACCUGAUCGGGUUUCGCUGAUAAAGCCAUUGUGGGAGCAUUUCCCACUGAUGGAGAUGCAAAGCGGCACGGAUAAGCUCCGUCAUGCUGUGGACCGCGCUCUCGACGAUCUCUCUAGGCGGGUGGAGUACGUGCUGACCUGCCGGUGUGUGCCCAGAGAAGUGCAAACCAGGUUCGAAGCUCAGGCUGAAGUUAAUGCUGCUUCGGUGAAAAAUUCAAGUCAGCAGGGCGCUGAAGAUAGUGUUCUGAGUACGGCUUCUUUUACACCUCGAGAACUUGUCAAGUAUGUUAGAAAAUGGGGCGAAUCGCCUCUCGGUGGACCUAGCAGACUCCUGCUUUCCGUGGCGAAGAGCCAACUGUUGGCCUUCUCCCGAUGGAAGGGGUUUUCUCGGCUACCUGAAUUCAUAUCGUUCAGUGGGAAGUUGGAGAACGAGGCCGACAUGACUCCAUUAGGAGAUUGUUAUCAGAACCCUAUAGAGAUUGAUGGCGCUAAUCCAGAGUUCAAGGGCUGUCGUGGGAUGCGUGCAGUGAAGACAGGAUGUUACAUAAGCAACUCAAGUGAGCGUAAGAACAGUUUCCAAGACGGCAUGCAUCCUGGAAGAAAGAGAAAGACCUGCCUGGCCUUGUGCGCUGAAAACUGUCUUCGUACUUUAACUGAUGAAGUUGGGUCCGGCAAAAGAGCUCGUGGGAACUCCUUUUUUUUUGGCGAAGCUGCUGGUCCAAAUGAAUCGGUAUCAACAUGUACAGGUGCUCUGAUGAAGAUUAGCGCGGAUCAAUCUGUGCACAUGUUCGAGCAAAAUCGGAUGACAAUGCUUGAGGUCCAGAGGAAAACAGAAUGUCACAUGAGCAACUCGAACGAGCUUAAGCACAUUUCGCUUGACGUGGUGCAUCCUGGAAGAAAGAGAAAGAGCUUCCCAGCCUCGUCGGCGAAGAAUUGUCAGCGUAUGUUGACGGAUGAAGUUGGGUCAGAUAAAGGAGCUUGUGGGAACUCGUUUGGCAAAGCUGCUGGUCCAAAUGAAUCGGUAUCAGCAUGUACAGGUGCUCCUAGCACGAUCAGCAUGGACCAAUCCAUGCAGUUCAAGCAAAAUCAUAGAGCGAUGCACAGAAUCGUUAAGUUUGCAAGUGAAUCAAAUGGGUCACUCCCAUUGGCGGAGCAUCUUAAAGAAAGUCCCUCGGGUAGAAGCAACAAAAACGGCCAUUCUGGUCUCAUUCCCCAUGAUUCCUGUAGUAGAAAAAACCUCCUUGGAUAUGUCUCUCCUAAACAGAUGCUGUUACAGCUAUGUCUUCUUGCUGGCAAUCCCAUGAGACAGAAUAGAUAUCCGACUUGCACGGUGAGAUACUUCUCGGAAUUCAGAAAUUUGGUUGUCCCGAAUCAUCUCCCAUUGAAGUCAUGUGGAGAGCCUGCACUAGAAGCAUCUGUUGUGGAGACUCGGAGUAUUUUGACAAAAUUUGGCGUCGCAGAACCAAUGGAUCUGAAGUGCUUCAAGGAUACUGUCAGGACCAGCACAGUAAUUAGUAGCUUACAGGAACCGCGACUGACACUUCGAAAUCGGAAUGCAGGGGAUUCUCAGCUUGAAACCCCAUGUGAGAGGCCUGUUCCUUCUGUCGUACCAAAAAUGGAUCGCCAGUUUUGUCCUGCCUUUACCCAGGGCCCUCGAUUGCCCCAUGAAAAUCCUCUGAUGGAAGUAAGAAAGCCAAUUCAUGAUGUCUCUGGAAUGGAUCGCCAGUUUUGUCUUGCCUUUACUCGGGUUCCUCAAUUGCCCCAUGAAAAUCCUCUGGUGGAAGUAAGAAAGCCAAUUCAUGAUGUCUCUGGAAUGAGGAUUGAGUGCCCAAAGGAUCCAUUUUCCACCGGCAGCACCAUCCAGAGCAUUCCCGUACAGCAACCAUCGCUUGGAAACCAGAAUGCAGGGGAUUCUCUGAUUGAAAGUGAGAGGCCCGUUCCUUCCAUCAAACCACAAAUAGGCCAGUUUCGUCAUAGCUUGAUUCAGAAAUUACAAGUCCGUCGUCCAAAUCCUUACAUGAAAGUAAAACGGCCAAACGAUGACAUCCCUGCAACGGUGCUUGAGCGCUCCAAGGAUUCAUUUAUGUCCAGCAAGAUAAUCCAAAGCUUUCCUGAACCGCAACUGUCUCUUGGAAAUCAGAAUGCAGGGGAUUCUCUGCUUAAAGCCCCAUGCAAAAAGCCUGUGCCUUCUAUGGAACCACAAACAGAUCAACAGUUUUGUCCCGUCUUGAAUUGGAAAUCACAGGCUUCUUUUCAAGAUCCUUACGUGGAAGGCAAACGUACAAGUGAUGAUGUCUCUGGAACGGCACUUGAGUGCUCAAAGGAUGCAUUUAUGACCGACAGGAUAACCCAGAGCAUUUCUGAACAGAAAGUGUUGCUUAAAGAUGAGGAGGAUACAGGGAAUUCUGCGCUUGAAACCCCAAGCAAGAAGCCUGCUCAUCUUACGGAACCACUAAUCAAUCACCAUUAUGAUCCUGCCUCGAUUCAGGAAGCUCAAUUUCCUUGUGAAAAUCCUUAUGUGGAAGGAAAAAAGCCUGACAGUGAAGUCCCCGGGAGUUCCAAGGAAGACUAUUUUUCGACUGCUCUGAUUUUGACCUUUACCAACCUGAAUCUAGCUCCUUCAGUAACUAAGCUGAACAAGAUGUUCAGCUGCUUCGGCCCCUUGAAGGAAUCGGAGUCGAAAGUGUUGAACAAGAGCAAGCAGGUUAAAAUAGUCUUCAAGAAUCGUACGGAUGCAGAAACUGCUUUCAUCAGACUCGGAGAGCAUCGUAUUUUCGGGCCACUACUUCGAAGUUAUCGUCUCAAGUACGUGCGAUCUAGCUCUCUUGAAGCUUCUUCUUCUCACCUAAGAAGGCACAACAAGAAGCGUCAGCAAGAUAAGCUGUGACUCCAGGGAUCAUUUGCAUUUCAAGCUCGUUGGCCCAUGGUGUCAUGUUACAUCUAUGGAAAGGUAUGGACUUUUUGCAUUUGGAAGACGGGGGUUUUUAAGUAAUGCUCCAUAAGGUAUCAUUUGCUGCAAGUUGCUGAUGAUUGAUGAACAGUGUGUCAAAUUUGCUGGCGAAAGCCUCCUCUUCGAUAUUUACAUAGUCUACCGCCAGCAUCGGACUCAACCUUCAUGGUCGCUUUUGUUAGAUCUUGGGGGAAAAAACGAUGUGUAUGUACUCUUUUGUGCCCUUCAUUUUUGUUUGGCCCGGAAAUGUAACCUCGGUUGGGAUAUUAAGUUAGGUCCCUGCCGUGUGAAACAAAACAGGUGUUUGAUAGGAUUAACUUAUGGAGUUGAGAGAGGAUCUGAAUACAAUGCUUACAUCUUAGCUGCAGUUUCCUUUCCA